AUGAAGGUUCUAAAGCAAUCCAGAAAGGUUACCAAGCAUCAUGAUCCAUUGUCACCUGACGAAUUAAAGACAAUAUUUAAUCAUAAGACAUUGUCGAUUAAUACAGCCAAGGGGCUUCAAUAUCGGGUGUUUAUGUGGUGUUGUUUCCUUUUUGCUUCAUGUGGUGGCGAACAUAGUCAAAUGAAGAUUACGCAGUUUACUUUUCUUAGUAAUGAAGAGAUUCAGUUUACAAAAUUUUCUCAGAAAAAUGACCCCGGCGGUAUUGAAGGAAAUUUGGAUUCGCUUAUAAUACUAGUACCUGCAGAUCCUGAAGGUAAUUUUAUGAAAAAUAUUUGUUUCAAUAUUGGAAUAAAUAUCAAAGAUCGUGAUAUCAUUAAUCACUCAGGAAGAACUACACCAAUUACACACUUGUUUCGUGAAGGUAUUCCGAUUGUUACCUCGAUGUCAAUAACCGGCCAUAAAAGCAAAUCGUCAUAUCGUAUAUAUUCAAGGCCAAGUGAACAACAAAAAAAAGAUACCUUGUCUACAUUGAUUAGUAUUGUUGAUCUUCCGGAAUCUCAGGAUAAUGAUGGCAUUGAUGAUUUUUUCAAUAAAAAACAAGAUCUGAAACCUGAUAAUUAUGACUCUUCUGGCUCUCAUGUCCCACCAAAAAGCUCAGUAUAUUCUGAGUUUCGAAGCCCCUUAAAAAAUAGCACAAAACCAAAUUUACCUUCUCAUAUCAAUGCUACUAAAAAAAAUCUGACUCUUGGUGGAAAAAGGCUGUUACAGCCAUCUCAAUCUAGUUUGCAAAAUACGUCGAAUAGUGAGCAAGGUACUACGAUCAUUAAUAAUUAUUAUGCUGAUCAUAUUACAAUUAAUCAAUAUUGA